GAUAGAAAGCAUACAUUGCUAGUAAUAAAGGCGGUAGGACUUAUCGGACGGGUCAUUUAGUGCUAGAGGUCUUGCUCUGCGUAGACGCGUAUGGCUAUGGCCCGGUGGAAAGGUUGUCUGGUUGUGCUGAUAGCAGGCUUGUGCAUCAUCGGCUAUACUCAAGUUGCCGCUAGGUCGCUUUCAGAGGUAAUCUAUCCCGAAAGGCUUCACGCGCGUCGUGAUAGAAGAGACCUCUCCACGGCUACUGAGAAUGGACACGAAGAUGAAGCAAGCUUCGCCCUAAAAGCAUUUAAAAAUGACAUGAUUCUUGACACCAAGAGGAACAAGGAUCUCAUCCAUCCAUCCUUUUCUCUCCGUCACUAUAAAAAAGAUGGCUCUGAACUCUUAUCAAAGGUCUCCGCGGAUCAUUGCCAUUACCAGGGCUCCAUCCGUGGUGUACCUGACUCCCUUGUCGUACUCAACACUUGCAGUGGACUUAAAGGGAUGAUCGACGAUGGAGAAAGCACGUAUCACAUAGAGCCACAUGACGACCUAAAGGAACCUGGUGCGCACAAGAUUUACUCUGUUUCAGACGAAAAUCCCUUUGAACACGGAAAAUGCGGAAACGAUGACCACCAGAUCCCGACACAAGAAAAGUCUGUCCAGUCAACUGUUUUACGUAUGCGUCGUUCUUUGGUGUCCAACAUAGACGAAGUGUACCGCCCGUAUCUCACUACAGACGAAACGCGAUACACGGAGAUGGUGUUUGUUGUUGAUAACACUGUGUACCAGCGCUACCAGAACAACACCAAAACCGUCACGGACAAAGUGGUCACACUGUGCAACGCGGUGGACGCGAUCUACCAGCGCAUCAAUAUUCGACUAGUGAUGAAGCACAUUGACAUCUGGACAGAGGGUGACCGUAUGGAGCGACAAACCAGUGGAGGCGCAGAACUCGGCAAGUUCAGAGAAUAUCGAAGCAAGUACAUCACACCUAACAUUUCCCACGACAACGCGCAGUUUAUCAGUCACAAGGGCUGGGUAGAUGGUGUUAUUGGGAUGGCUUGGGUGACGUCUAUGUGUGGCGGGAAUUCUGCAGGUGUUAAUAUGUGGAGCAUGGGAAGCAUUGUCGGUCCCUGGAUAACCGUCGCGCACGAGAUGGGGCACAACUUCGGAUUCGGCCACGACUCUGGGUCAUGCAAAUGUCUUACGCCAAGGGGAUGUAUCAUGGGAGGACAUAAGACACGUGUCGCUGGCUUUUCUAACUGCAGCAUGGAGGGACUUAAAAGAAUCAAUGACAGAUGCCUGUACAACGUCCCUACCAGGGCCAUCAAUGCACAAUGUGGAAAUGGCAUUCGAGAGGGAAACGAGGAAUGCGAUUGUGGAACACCAGAGAUGUGCGCGGCAAAAGACCAGUGUUGCGAGCCACAUGGCUGCCGUCUGAAGCGUCACGCAGUCUGUAGUGACCUGCACCACUCGUGCUGCGAAAACUGCCAGUACAAGUUACAAGGAACUCUCUGUCGUGCCGUGACGAAUGACUGUGACGUGCCGGAGUACUGUCCGGGGGACUCGUGUGACUGUCCGGCGGACGGGUACAUACAAGAUGGAAUAGCGUGCAACCAGUCCGAGAAGCUAAUUCAAGCGAAUACCAACCGUAACAGUGUGGUUAGCAGACCGCUUAACCCCAAAAUACAGGCUCGGUACGUCCGUAUAAGCCCGCAGUACUGGAACGGGUGGCCCUGCAUGAGGCUGGAGUUCUUAGGUUGCUCUGGCAACGAAGGUGUUAGCGCCACUGCGCCGUCCCCGAUAAAGGCGUUCAACGAUCACUGCGUGGUACCUACAAACGCGAGCUGCAGUCCACACGAAGGAUCUAGAAUCGUGUUCCGACCAGGCAACGAAUGCAAGCAAGCGUACAUGGAAUUUAGUCUUGACGCCACAGGCAUCCUGAGACACACGUGCAGCGGGCGGAAGGUUUGUCCCGAGGGAGGAAACACGUGGAACGGUGUUAGACUUGCGAUCAGUAGUUCGUGUACUGAUGAGGAUUCCAAGUUCGUCAGGACUUCAGGCAAGUCCCUGAAGCACGUUAAAAGCGAAAAGUGUGUGCAUCCCUAUGGAGCCUGGCCUGGAAACGGACGAGAACUAGUUCUUUGGAGUGGGUGCGACCACGUGCGACUGGAACUCUGGUUUAUGAAACAAGACUGCAUCAUGCCACUUGGGAUGCGUAGUGGCGCCAUCACAGACAGUCAGAUCACCGCAAGCUCGUCCCGUCCAGCUGAUAGACCACAGUAUGCUCGACUCCAUAACGGCAAAUACUGGUGCGCGGCGACAAAGAGUAAAACUGAGUACAUCCAGAUUGACCUCGGACAGGAGAGGACUGUGUCGAAUAUUGAAACACAAGGUCGAGGAAACUGGUAUGACUGGGUUACCGCGUAUCAUCUGUCCUACAGUCAGGAUGGUCAGCGGUGGACACCAUACACUGAGAGAGGCCUUCACUCCAAUUCUAUGUGUUAUCAUGGAAAAUGCUCCGAGACUCUGGACACUCAGUGCAGAAAUUUGUGGGGAUCAACCGCUAGGAAUGCUGCCAACGGCUGCUACGAUAAGCUGAAUACAGAGGCACUAGGAUACGGCACUUGUGAUGCGACUAAGAACACCACAUGCACGGCAAGUAAUGUGCAAUGUGGGCAGAUUCAGUGUCUAAGCCCAAACAAUUUGCCAGUUGUUCAAUACGGAAAAAGCUACAAGAAGUUCACGCUUGCAGAUGGCGCCAAGUGCAGCGGUGCUGUGUUGAAGACGACUGACGUGAUCGGCAUAGGGAUGGUGGCGACAGGAACCAAAUGCGACGAUGGAAAGAUGUGCGUCAACGCUGAGUGCAAGACUUUGGCUGACAUCGGAGUCACAAACUGUCCCUUGGUGAACGGCAAAGAGUGCGCUGGGCGAGGGAUCUGUACCAAUCAAAAAAAAUGUCAAUGCGAAGCAGGAUAUGACCCAAGCACAAACUGCGAGACAGCACUCCAGGCUCGCGAUGGAGGCUUCGGUGCCUGGUCGGAGUGGACCAAUUGCUCCCGCGGGUGCGAUGGAGGUAACCGACGACGUCAUCGGUUCUGCAACAGCCCGUAUCCCGCCCAUGGGGGCAAGGACUGUUCAGGGGAGAGAAUCCAGGAAGAGAAAUGCCAGACGAAGGCUUGUCCAGUGGCCAGGUCCUGUCGCAAUCUCCAGCAAAUCGCUCAGGAAACAGGUCUUCAAAUUGGCGACGGCAUCUACACCCUCCAUCCUCAAGGCCAAUCAGGGCCCGCGGUGAAAGCGUACUGCGACAUGACGCGCGACGGCGGGGGCUGGACACUACUCGUCACCAGUCACACCAAUACAUGGACCGCUGACAACGUUCGGCUGAGAAACGAGGGCUCGCCUAGCUUGACAAGUGAUUAUUCGAUCUUGAAAUACGCCGACGGGAUCAAGGAUGACAUCAAUAUUGUUGGAGCUAGUUUUGAAUACCGGCUGGAGGCACAAAGCAGAGGUCGCUGGGGCGGAAUAUGGAGAGCAGAUCGAAGCUACACGUUUACUGCUACCAACAAUGCACAAUCAAACGUAGAGCUCGUCAAAAAAUUUGACAACUGGGAAUACUCUGAUAGCGGCAUCGAGAAACGCAUGCCCUGGAUUUCUGGUGCAAAAUUGACGACUUCAAGUAGUGCUACUCGUAACUGGUGGGGCAGUAUCACAGGAAAUGAACGCAAUUAUCACCCGGCCCCUUGGAUAAACGGUUAUCAGAUGGAGUCGCAGCCAACGCACAUCUGGUACUGGAUGAGAGAGGGACUCUUCCAACUGCCCAGAUCCUGUAUGGAAGUUCAGAUGAGAGGCCUUCAAACCAUACCAGCUGCAAACGGCGUCUACUCCAUUAAACCCCCUGGAGGAAGUGCAGUCAAGACUUACUGUGACCUGACAUCUCAGGGCGGGGGCUGGACACUAGUCGCCACAAGUAAAACGCAUUCCGGUUGGAGCGCGGCCAACAUUAAACAAAGGAAUCCCAAUAACCCUUCCCUCGAUGCUGACUUCUCGAUUCUUGGACUAGUGGAUUUCAUUAAGGACUUCGAUGCUUCACAGGAUUACUUCCAGUACAAGAUUGAAGCCGACGGCAGAAAUCAAUUUGGUGGAAUUUGGGACGCUCCUCUCUCUUACUCAUUUCUGUCGGCCUGCGAUAAACAGACCAAGGUGAAGCUUGUUGAGCCCUUUAAUAACCUUCCCAAUGAUAGCAGAUUGAACAAGAUAAUGCCACGUCUUGGCCUUGCACCGAAUAUUUUCCUGACGAGCGCAUCAGACUUUCAAGACCUCUCCGGAUCUCUGAUCUACAACACAGACGAGAAUUACUCCGCAUCCUACCUCCCUGGCGUCAAACCCAACCCUGGAGUGGUCCGGUACUGGAUAAGAGAGGGAUCGAGGAAAUCGUGUAAUGAAAUCAAGCUCCACGGUGUGCGAAAAGGGCGUUCUUACGAAGAUGGGUACUACAUGGCCACCUUACUGGGCCACGCCCAGUACCUCCCUGUCUACUGCGACAUGACGUCAGAGCCUGGUGCCUUCACCCUCCUCGUCACCAGUCGACACAACAACUGGACGCGUGAGCAGGUCCCUGCAAGGAACGAGAUGAGACCUUCUUUGAGCAGAGAUUACUCCAUCCUCAAAUACGGAGAUAAGAUCAGAGACCUGGGUAACAAUGCCACCUUUGAGUACAAGCUGGACGCCAAUCAGAGAGGGCACUGGGGCGGAGUCUGGGUCGCACCUCGUCACUACAGCUUCCUGGGAACAAGCUCGGGUCUGACAGACGUCCGAUUGAUCCAGCGGUUUGAUGUGUGGGACCAUACUUGGUGGAAAGGAAUUGGCAACCGAAUGCCAUGGUUUGACAAGAAUGGCAACCAUAAGAAAGCUCUGUUGACAACGGCAGGCAGCGCCACCUACUACCCCGUAGGAUCUAUCCUCUGGGGAGGUACGGACCAAAAUCCGGCACAGUGGAUGAGGUUUGGCGGGAUGUUUGACCCGGGCGUCAUCUGGUACUGGGUGAACGAAGAUGACUGCGACGCCAACAGGCAGCCCGUUGAUGGCGGUCUAUCUGAGUGGAGUUCUUGGGACAAGUGUGACAAGCUCUGUGCCGAUGGACAACAAAGAAGACAUCGCAGCUGUACCAACCCCAAACCGAGAUGUGGAGGAAAAGACUGCACGGCGCUGAACCUGCCAACAACUGAAACAAAGGCCUGCUACUCAUGCGAUGAGAGUCCAAUCCAGAGCUCUGGCGGGUAUUGUAUCCAGCCUCGUAGCGGAGACUGUUCUCCUGCUGAAGGAAGUGACCUGAUCUUCCAUAAAGCUGAUGUCAACUGCAGCGCGACAUACAUGAACUUUGUGAUCGAUUCCGAUGGUAUCAUUCACCACAAGUGCAGUGGAAAAGUCAUCUGCCCGGACGGCAACUGGCCAGGUACCGGACACAAGUUGACGCUAAAGGAUUCUUGUCCGGAGGACGUUACCAAGCACAAACGACGUCCAAGCGGAUCAUUACAAAACAUCAGGAACAACAAUUGCGUCCAUCCUAACGGAGGCUGGCCUGGCGAGGGUAGAAACCUUGUUUAUUGGGGUGGCUGUGACGAAAGCAGGUUGAGCCUGCGCUUUAUUAGGCUCCAGCGACCGUGAAGACUAUGCCAAGUUGUGCACCGGAAAGGCUUUCCUUACCAAAAAGAAUAGAAUAGUUUAACAGUAAAGACUAGAAUAAAAAUAUGCAUUCAAA